AUGAUUAAGAUUCAAGAAAUUAAUGUUGCACAAGAAAUAGUAACCCUCUUUGUUGAUGAAGGGUUUUCUUGGUGUUGCGGGCUUAUAACACACGAAAAACUUAAAAUGGUAACAAAAAACUAGAAGCAACUAAGACAGCAACUCCUAUCGCUUACGAAAGGACUUUCAUCAUCGCACCACGUAAAUACCAUAAAACCCCCCAUUCGCUCAGAAAUAUUAAAACAUGACCUAGAAAAGUUGGAAAGGCAAUUAAGGAAUUCAGAACAGGAACUGACCAUUCAUGUUACCGAAGUUUCUAAGUAUUUCGAACUUCCAAUUACUGACUAUUCAUUUACCCAAACCAAACUUUUUAUGCAAAUUAAAAUUCCGAUCAUGGCAGAAAAGAACCAAUGGAAUCUUUAUGAAUUAGUAACAAUCUCCUACCAAAACCCUGUAGAAAAACAUAGUCUAAGACAAAUAUCAGGAACUGGCUUAGAUCAAUGCAAACUGUAUCAUAACAGGCUCUAUUACAUACCUAUUCUGUUAAUUAAGAUUUCUUUAUUAUGCGACUGUAAAGUUUUUAGAAACCAAUCACCAUCUGUGUCAUUGUAAGUAAUAGACAACUCAGAAAUAUUAUCUUAAUACCUACCAGUUUUAUUUACAGCAUUGUUUGUCCUACAGGAAUUUCCCAUUUGUUUGUUAUCAUCAGCAUAGGUUCGUCAAUGUGGUUGGACAUGCACCUUCACUCUUUCGAAUCCUAAAUUAAUCUUCGCAUUUCUCCAAAGCUAGAACAUCCACAUCCUUCUGUUUUUACACAGUAAUCUAGUCUAAGUGUACUUCUUCUUUUCUUAAGUUUUUUCUGUUUCUGUUUCUAA